GCCACCAGAUGUCCCUCGGGGCCUGAUUCUCUCUGCUGCGAGACUGCGGUGCGUGCAGACUACGGCCACCAAGCCAACCACAGAAAAGCAAAGCAAAGCAGAGCAGUAGAUGAGCGGCCGCUGGUAAUGGCAAAGGGUUGGUAUUACUGUUGAGCAUGCUGUGUAUGAAUGAACAUGGAGGGUUGCAGGCCAGCGCACAACACUGCUACAGUGCCGCACUCUCCACCAGCACUAAAAUUGUUCACACGGGCGCAGUACCCACCACCCUUUCGUGCUGGCGGCCCCAGCCGCGUCAGUCCACCUUGUAUAUGGGAUCUCUCCAUCGACACUUGCUUGUUGUGAAGUUAGCCAGUCAGCUCGACGCCGUCAAAGGGAUGGGAGAGGACGUCGUCUGGGGUUCCAUACACCACUUGGUACCCGACUGCCGGCCGGGUUCGCCAUCAGGCUCAGCGCUCAGAGCGGGGACUGGGGAUGCUUUGCUGGAUGCCGAUGGUGCCCGCCCGGGUGGUGCCUGUCGGUGCCUGCUUGUGCCUGUCUGCUCUCUCCGCCCUGGAGAUCACCUGUUGACAUGCAUGGCAUAUAUAAGAACACAACACAAUCCCACACACCACUUGUAUGUACAUGCUCCGUUCUUGCUGCCUUUCUCUCCAAAGCGUCUUGUUCCAUGCCAUGCCGCAGCUCGACUCUCUCGGCGGCCACAUUUCUUUCUCCUGUCUAUUUCACGCCCCACGGGAGCCUGCCAGGCGACGAGCUUUCGCGGACCCCCACCCAUCUGUGCCGCCGCUGGCUGCCACCGUGCUGCACUCCCUAUGUACGAACACACCCAAGUCUGCACAGGCACACUCCCUAGCAGCCACCCUGAUGCAAAACCCAGGCAAACUCGCACCUCCGCCCAGGCGGAAUCCAGAAAGCGGGGUAAAGGAGGGGAAAUUGCUCAAAUACCGGCCAGCCCGAAAGUCCGAGCAUAGAAGAAUCGGGGAUCUUUCGAAAAGUCUCGUGGCUGGCUACAACUGAGUCUCGGGGGAUUCCGAGUCUCUCGUCGCCACCGAUGAUCUUGAGCAGCGGAAUAGUAUGUAUUAAGUGAUUGGAGAGGGGCGACCUCUGUACGCCUCCAGCAGUGGUCCGUCCGCCCGCGCAUUCUCGAGGUGUCUGGCGAAGAGCUACUCCAGCAU